AUUCUAACGGACACCUGCUCAACCUAUCGUGGCAUCUGGAAGGAAAAAGUUUUUGGAUGCUUACCUGGUCUGCCGGAGGAGACUGGUGCGGAGGAGACUGAUGCUACAAUUGUUACGAGUAGCAGGAGCAGUCCAGAAGGCCCACCGCCAGAGGGUCCAGUACCUAAAAGGAUCUCUUCUGUCAGGACAAUAAUCGUACCAUUCGUGCAUGCACACUCCUCAUUGAACAUCCCAGUGAGUGUAAAUAGGGCGAACACCAGGAGAGAGAAUAUGAUCGUCAACACCUCCAGCUCAGUAAAUGAAGAUGCCAUCGACACCCGCUGCCGCAGCUGUGAACAUUUCAUCUGUAAAAUCAGUUUUCCCACAAAGGGGAGGAAGGCCGCUGGGCGCUCAGGGAGUCGAUCCAGCAACAUCUCCAAGGCCAGCAACUCUACAACAGGUCUAACUACAGCCUCAAGAACAUCAAUCACGCUGUCUUCUCAGGACAUAUGCAGUUCUAGCCAGCUGACCCAUUUAGAGGAAGAUGUGUCUGAAUCGCACAAACACAACAAGCACACACACACCUCUGUGAUGGCCGUCACCAGCACAACUGUGGGCUCGUCAGCUCAGGUGCAGAAGAAGCAGGUGAAGCGCCGUCACCGCCGCAAGAGGAACAGCUGCACCACCUCCGACUGCUUGGAAACCAACACCAAACAGGAGCAGACCGAACUCAGCGAGUACGGGGAGAAGAGGGAGCGGCAUGUCAAGAACCAGAGAGAGCUCCCACCUCGCCUUCGCUGCUCAGGGGCCCCCCAGUCAGAUUCCACCUCUGAGGAUGAGGCAUGGCGUGAGGCCCGCAGCUGGAGCAAAGAGAAAGCCCGAAGAGUGCGCCGGCGCAGUGGAAGCAGCCGAGAGACGGACGGGGCAAACUGGGAUAAAGGAGGUGAAGACAAAGCCGAGGUCAUGGAGCUGCACUCAGUGGGCUCAGAUGAAGGGAGGGAGAACCGGUCUCUGGUGGAGGACAGCGAAGGCCUUAAAAAGCGCCACAGCAGCAGAGCCUCGAUGAAGAGAGCUGGCCACGUUUCACAGAGAGAAGGCUCACAUCGUAAGGAUAAAGAGAAGUGCUACAAGUCAGGAGACAGCUCCUCAUUGGCAGAAGAUAGUGAGAAGCUCAUCACCAAGAGAUACCAGGAAAAGGGGUCAGGGGGUGGAGACAUGUCAAUGCCCACACCACAGAAAAACGGCGGUAUAAAUGGAGGCCCACUACGGGAGUACUCUGAGGACUCAGAGGUCUGCAGGAUCUGCCACUGUGAGGGGGAUGACGAGUGCCCGUUGAUAAUGCCUUGUCGCUGCACGGGGAGCCUGAGUUUCGUCCACCGGACCUGUCUCAACCAGUGGAUCAAAUCCUCAGACACUCACUGCUGUGAACUCUGCAAGUUUGACUUCAUUAUGGAGACUAAGCUCAAACCUUUACGCAUGUGGGAGAGGCUACACAUGUCAAAGGGCGAGAGGAGAAAGAUCUUCUGUUCAGUGUUGUUUCACCUAAUAGCAAUAGUGUGUAUGUUGUGGUCCGUCUAUGUUCUGGUCAACAGAACCAUGGAAGAGAUCAGACUUGGGAAGAAUGACGAGUUAUGGAGAUUUUCUCUUCUGAAGUACUAUAAGUACUAUACGCCAAAUGGUGUGCUGGAGUGGCCCUUCUGGACCAAGCUGAUUGUGGUGGCCAUAGGCCUCACAGGCGGCCUCAUCUUCAUGUACAUCCAGUGUAAAAUCUACCUGCAGCUAUGGCGCCGCCUCAAGGCCUUCAACCGCAUAAUCACUGUGCAGAACUGCCCCGAGAAAGACCUGCACAACCCUCAGGCCCGACCCAGUGCCUUGCCUAAUGGCAGGCACGAAACAGUGGAGGUUCCAGUCAGUCCGGCCCCCGUCCCAGCUCCAGAGGCACAGAUGGACUCUGACAUGUCUGUGGAGGCUGCGGUUGCGCCUGCACAAAACCCCGUCUGACCAAUUUUCCUCAAGUUCAGAAAGAGUCCUGAACAUCCUGCUCAUCCGACAACCCAGCAGCGUGUGAUUUAGACCUGUGCAGUGUUUUAGUGUUGUACAUCUCAGCUCCUGUGCUGAUCUUGAGACACAACAGACAUAUUUAAAGUCCUUCAGUGACUAGACUAGUGUCUAGUAAAAAACUGAAACACUAAAGGGCCUCAGUGACGUGAAUGUGCAAAGUAAAAAAAAAAAAAGAAUGUGGCAGGCCGGAAAAUGGAGACAAGAGGAGGUGAGGAGAUGUAAAGGAAAAUAAAGCCAUCAGCAAGAGACUUUUGUUAAGACUACAAGUUGUGUGCUAUAUUUAGUUGUAUUCCUGUAUGCACUUUCUUAAA